AUGCUGAGUGAAUCCCAGGCGGCACCCCAAGCCUUACCACAUAGGAAUAACCCCCCUCACAAACGACGGAGGGUUGGGGAGCGUGGGGAGAGCAAGGCUGUAGAGUGUACCGAAAACUCUCGAGGGGAGGUGGAAAAUACUGCGACCAUGCCUUUACAAACUGUAUACGACCUUGACGCGUCUGAAGAGGAAUCAGAGCCUGAGUGGGAAGAUGUUGAACUCCCAAGCCCUUCUGCCUCGUCUGCUCUUCCGUCUAUGCUACCAGCUGGACAUGACGAUGACCAAGAGCCGUUGCAUAUUACCCUUGGAAAGGAAGAGCACGCGGAGAAGACGAAGUCCGCCAUACGACGGAAACCUAUAACUGGAGCCGAAAAGAAGCUGCGUUUGGAAAUCCACAAAGUUCAUGUUCUUUGCCUCCUCGGCCAUGUUCAACUUCGUAACGUUUGGUGCAACGAUGAGGAAAUUCAGGCUCUUCAAUAUAGUGCCGAAAUAUUGCAGUCAAAAGAUGACUUCCGAAAACAUGCUAGAAUGUUGCAGGGAUCGAGGGACUUUGGUGCCCAGCUCUAUUGUGCUAUGCUGCGAGGAGUUGGUGUGGAUGCGCGAUUGGUUUGUUCCCUCCAGGCUCUGCCUUUCGCUGGCGUGGCGAAAGGGGAGUCCCCUAGGAAGCGGGCGAGGGAAUACAUUGUUCUAUCUGAGGACGAUAUCGCGAGUUCCAGUGUAAAUACUGGAACAGAUACCCCAGCUUCGGAUCCACCUCCGCGCCGUCGGCUUGGACAGCCGCAGUUUUCAUCAAACCAGACAAGAAGCCCUGCACCACAGGCGAGAAUUGAUAGCUCUGCGCCUACGACAGACUCGUCCUUUCCGGUAUUUUGGGUCGAAGCAUUUAAUCGUGCCAUGCAAAAGUGGGUAUGUGUUGACCCCCUCGUUACAAACUCUGUAGGGAAGCCUACGCGAUUUGAGCCGCCCGCCAGUGAUAAAUACAAUAACAUGAAUUAUGUAAUCGCCUUUAACGAAGAUGGGUUUGCACGAGAUGUUACCAGGCGGUAUACAAAAUCGUUCAACUCGAAAACAAGAAAAACCCGAGUAGAAUAUACCAAGGAUGGGGAACGAUGGUGGAACCAAACUAUGCAAGUGCUCGAGUCCCCAUUUCCGGAGGAUCGGGAUCAGCUGGAGCUUGGAGAAUUCGCGGCCAAGGCUGCAGGUGAAGGGAUGCCCAAGAGUGUGCAAGACUUUAAAAACCAUCCAGUCUACGCCUUAGAGCGACAUCUACGGUGGAAUGAAGUAAUCCACCCAAAGCGAGAAAUUGGUAGGGUCGGGCUGAGUAAGUUAUCUUUGAACAAGAAAGCCCCACCGAUGGAGCCUGUGUACCGCCGGGCGGAUGUGCAUCCUGUCAAAAGCGCAGAUGGAUGGUACCGUCAAGGGCGAAAAGUCAAAGCUGGGGAGCAACCACUGAAGAGAAUUAAGGCACGGAACCAAGUGCAAAAUGAUACAUUCAACCCCAAUGAAGAGGAAGAAGCGCCAGAUACACCGAUGUACGCUGCAUAUCAGACAGAGCUCUACAUACCAGAGCCUGUCGUUGAUAAUCGCGUCCCAAGGAACCAGUAUGGGAACAUCGACGUCUACAUAUCGUCGAUGGUUCCCGCGGGAGGCUUUCACCUUAGCCACCCUGAUGCUGCCCAGGCGGCUAAAAUAUUGCAGAUAGAUUAUGCAGAUGCUGUCACUGGGUUUAAAUUCAAAAAGCGCCACGGCACGGCUGUCAUAGAUGGAAUCGUUGCAGCGGUUGAGUACAGAGAUGCUCUCAAGGCAGUGGUCGCUGGAAUUAAUGACGAGAGGGUUCAAGCCGAGGAGACUCGUCGAACUAUGGCUGCGCUUCACAUGUGGAGACUACUGUUGAUUAAGUUACGGGUUCUCGAGCGGGUGAACAGUUAUAGGGUUGAAGGAGAGGAACAAGCUGAGAAGGAACCCGAGGUACAUGAAGAGGAGGAGCAAGGCGGUGGGUUUUUACCUGACGAUGGCACUGGUGGUCCAGCAUUGCCGACCGGUGGCGACGGUGCCAUGGAAGACGAUGAUGCUAUGGAAAGCAUAGAACCUCAAUGUGACCUGCUGCAUGAUUCAUUUGAACACAGCAACCCACAGGAGAGGGCAGGCGGUGGUUUCAUGGUAGAACCAGGGACAUCACAGCAGCCUUCUGGGAUUAAUCCGGCACAUCAUUUGCCACAAACCAGAAGAGCUAUGCCGUCUGUUUCACAGUCGUGGUACACCCUAGUCAUCGUCCCGAAAGCAGAACACGGCCUGAGAGACGAGACCAGUCCAUCACUCCGGUCCAGGCGGCAGGGCACCUUAGAGUCCACGAGCUCUCAACCAGCAGAUGGCACUCACUCGGUACCUGUGGUCGUUGAUACUCCAGAGCGGGAGGUUUCAGGGCUACCUGAAUUGGUCCAUGUUGAUUCGGACAGUGAGAUAGAUCGUAGCUCUAUGAUCUCCCAUGACCCUGAAGACGACAAUGCUGAACCGGAGUGGCUGUUGUCAGAUUGA